CGGUAUAAUGUGAGCGAGCCAAUCGGCGCUUUGGGGGAGGGCAGGGCGCCACCCUCCUGGGUCCUUCUCUCGAAGUGCAUGUGAGGCAGAAGGAGGACAAUGCGAAACUUGUGUUAGUUUUAGUUCUUGGACUUGUAAAGGUAUUCGAUUUUAUCGAUGCAUUUGGUGAAGCUGAAGUAGCCGGUAGGCCGGGGCACUGCACCCGAAUGGGAAGCGCGGCACUUCGGCAUCUCAUUUGCUGCUGGAGACUAGCCAGGCAAAGCCUAGAUGCACCAUAUGAAUUAACUUACGAUAUUUCACAUCCUUAAGUGAGAACGAGAAAGAGUUUACUUUAAGUGUUACCUGGGUUUGGCGUCUGUUUGACAGAGAAACUAAAUAAAUAGGAAGUAAGGUUUAAAAGAAGACGCGGACUUUGGGGUUCCUGCCAUGUGUAGGGAGGUGUUCCUUCUUUGAACUGGACCCUACUCUGACGCCUGAAGCACCCCCUCCAGGUCCCGGGGCAGGAUGGGUUCGCUCCGGCGGCCCCGGCCGCGGUUCAUGAGCUCCCCGGUGCUGACAGACUUGCCCCGGUUCCACGCCAGUGCACCUGCGUUACAGCUCACUAACGCCAGCGUCUGGAACAGCGUCCAGUCUGCUGUGAUCAAGGUUUUCCAGGGAGGAGGUCUACAAAGCAAUGAGCUCUUCUCCCUCAAUGAGAGCAUCAGGUGGCUACUCAAGACAGAACUGGGCUCCUUCUUCAAAGAGUAUUUCCAGAAUAAGCUCCUGAACAAAGGUCUGGAACACAUUGCUGAGAAGAUCCAGCUGUGUGAGGGUGAUGGCCAGCUUCUUAUUUUGUCUGAGAUGUGGAGUAGGUUCUUCAUGGAGAUCCUGCCAACGCUACAGGCUAUUUUUUACCCAGUACAGGGCCAGGAGCUGAGCGUGAGGCAGAUGGCCCUGUUGGGCUUCAGGGACCUGGUACUGCUGAAGCUGCAGCUGGAAGAACUGCUUCCCCCGGUGCCAACGUUGCCCCCUCCCGCCAUCACUCAGAUGCUGCUUGUGCUGCAGGGCAUCCAUGAGCCCAGUGGGCCCAGUCAGGAAUACUGUCAGCUGGAGAAGCUAGUGGACAUGGUGGUGUCCCCCUAUCUGGGCAAUUACCUGCACCGGAGCCCGGCCACAUGCGUUAUAGAGCACCAGCCUGGUUGGUCCAGGACUGCCCACCUCGAUCAGCCAGAGAUCUUGAUAACCCAGCACACCGUGGACUCCUCCUCCUCCUCCCUGACACCCCUCGUCGAGCAAGAGGGAGAGGCCUACCUAGAGAAGGCAGGGGGUAUGCGGCGCCACACGGUGGCCAGCGCCCACUCGGACUUGCAGCUGCUGACUAUAACAGGUGCAAAGCGCCCUGCGAGAGCGGUGGCCCGUGAUUCUGGGGAGGACCUCCGUACGGCACAGAGGCACGUCGCCGGCAAGCCGCUCAUCUUGAAGGACGCGAUGGCGCUGCCCCUCCAGCAAGACCGUGCCGAGUUCAGCUGCCCUUCUCCAAGCUAGAAGACAUAGGGGGGCAUGCUGGCAACUGAGAGCAAGCGGGACUUUGGAGUCUGGGCAAGUGUCUCUGACUGAGAACUCGGGGGUAGAGGGCUAUUCUCCCCUGCUGGUGAAACCGCCUGUCUGUGCUGGAGGGUGGCCAUUUCCAUGAGUUCUAGCCCAGCCCGGGCACAGCCACUGUGAUGGUAGCACCUAGAUUUUACUGGUGCUGUGCCAGGUAGCAUAGCAACAGGCUCUGCUUUCAUCUGACAGAGUCCAUGUGAGAUUGGCCAAACCCAUUAAUCUCGUGUGGCAGUGUGUGGAACCCUGCUGGGGGUUUACACUGUCCACACAGCGUUAAACCCUAACCCUUGGUAGGCUCUUAUAGGAAGGAGAUUUUAGCUUUUCUGGAGCAGUGAGUAUGUGAUGAAAACCUGAUUGCGGUACUCUGUAUGAAACUUACAAACAUGGUUUUCAUAUUGGUUUACUGUAUGAUGACUGACUUUUUUAAGAAAAGCCUGUUCAGUUCCUGUUAGUCUGGUGGGUGCCUAACCAUUUGUUCCCUCUUGGAAUCUGUUAGUAUUUUUAACAAUGGUAAGAAGUUUUAAGUGUUAUGGUAAAUAAAUGCAUUUUCAUGAACCA